UACUUACCGCGGCGCCAGAGUCGUGUUGAUCACAAUGAGAUGCGAGGAGAACGAACAAACUAUGACCACGUCCUCCAAAUUCAACGAACUCGCUCAGCCGAAGCCGCCAAAAUCUGAGCCCCUGGCCAGCAAAAUCCUGAACUUAGCUGACAGACCUUUCGUGCAAAUGCAUGAACAAAUCCAGUUGCUGCAUUGGCCGGACAAAUGGAUUGCUCCAUUAAUGAAAUGAAAUUUCAAGGGUGGAACCACUUGGGUGGCUCUCAUGGCAUGUUCCAGGAUCAUUGGAAGCCUCUGUGAAAUGGAUCCACACUCACGCAAUCCCGUUUUUUUGGGCGGCAUCAAGCCAAUCUCGCCGCUCGCAAACGAAAAAACCCGAGGCUCUCCUGGGUUUCGGCAUUGCAUCCAAGGUAGAGAGAGUCCUAAGCUCGCCUGCUUGGGUGGACGCGAGAUUGGAUGUGGUUGCAGGAAGGGUGCAUGCACGGAGCCUUGAGGUAUUGUCGGUCAAGUCUAAACCAUUGGAGUCGAUGAAGUUACCAUUGGUUUUAGGAGAACAAGCAGUGUAGCGUCGAUGUGGAUCAACAGUUCCCAAGGGUACCAAGACUCACAUCCCAACAGGUGGUUGUCCCAAAUUGGUCAAUGAACCAGUGAUCGAGCAAAAUCGCUUGGACCACCAUGCCUGUGGACGAGUGGAUCUACUAUGGCCGGACCUUGAAGUUGGCGAUUUUAUUGAACUUGGUGACAGUGCUGGUGAUCAUUUUGGCCUUUAGUACGCCAUAUUGGUUGGCAUCCACCCCUGAUGACUUACUGCCUGAUCCCACCUUCACCAAUCUGGGCUUGUGGGAGGUGUGCCUGAAUGGUUUUCACGACCAACGCCAUCAAUACGAAGUCAAAUUCUAUGGCUGCAAGCAUAUCUUAUUAGAAGAAUAUGACAUUAUACGCAAUGAGCUCCAACCAGGUUUCAUGGUGGUCACACAAGUGUUUUACACCUUCAGUUUUUGUGGCAUGCUCAUUGCUCUCCUGUUUAUUCUCAUGUUUAUGUUGUGCAUUAAUGAUUACUACAGAGUGAGUGUCCUUCGAUGGCUGGCCAUAGACCUUGUUGUAUCAGGUGGUUUGGGUGCCAUUGCCGUGAUUGUGUUCGGUGCCAAUGGAGAUGGUCGGGACUAUAUGCCGGAAUGGGAGCACAACCAAUUAGGUUGGUCCUACGGUCUGGCUGCUCUGGGUGUGAUUCUCCAAUGGAUAAAUGGUGUGCUCUUUUGGGUGGAAUCCCGAAUCGUCCGACGACGAGAAAUUUCGUCUGAAAAGCAACAGUUCCCCAUGGAGAGGAAUGUCUAAAAGAUAGACUCCUCUUCCAAACUCCUUGCGAUCUCACUCAAUGACAAUGUGUCUUGGCCAAUUGGCAAUGUCAAUGUGUUUGUUUUGUGCUAUUCGAUGUUCUCGAUUGCUUCCCGUGAAGACCUCGCAGGCUAUCUAUUUACUUUGGUCUGACGAAUCUUCUUUGAAUUGCAGAACAAUCAAUUUGAAUGACAGUAUGAAUGCUAUUAAUAGUAUGAUUGCAUCCCUGUAUGCUACAGACGAUGCUCAUCCUAACCUGAAUUAACACAUAUCAUAACCUCUGAACCAAUGCCUUACUACUGCUUUUUUCUACUACCAAUUGAUUUCCCACAAUUCAUGAUCCUUUCAUCCCUGCCCUCUCCUCAGAACCUUCGGAAAAUAUGCACCCAGUGAAUAAUUGAUAAUUGAUAUACAUGCACCUAUGUCUUGAGGGCAAAUUCUCGAAUGGAAUAAAUGUUCGAAAUGAA